AUGCCCACCUUCACCGAGGUGGUCGAGGCCAUCAUGACGCCUUCGGCCACAACAAUCAUCGUCGGCGCACUCAUCAUCGUCCUCGCCCCGAUCAUCCUCCACGUUAUUCUGUCCUCCUCAAAGACCUACACCGUCGCCCCGACCGUCCUCCUCAUCGGCCCCUCCAACGCCGGCAAGACCUCUCUCUUGACCCUCUUCGAGCGCGGCUCCUCAGGCACCGAGACGCACACCUCCCAGGUCCCGCAGUCGGUCGAGCUCAACGCCUCCACCGACUCUGCUACCAAGCACUCGUUCCGCAACCACGAUGCCACCGAUGGCACGUAUACCAAGUUCCUCCUCGUCGACACCCCCGGGCACGGCAAGCUGCGCCUUGUCGCCAUGGAGAAGCUGACCCGCACCGACAAGCUCAAGGCCGUUGUCUUUAUGGUGGACGCCGCCGCCAUUAGCGAGCAGGAUGUCCUGGCACCCACCGCGGCGUACCUCUACGACGUGCUGUUGACCCUCCAGAAGCGCGCUACUUCCAACUCUAAGACGAAGGUGUCUAUUCCCGUUCUGAUUGCCGCCAACAAGAUGGAUCUCUUCACCGCUCUGCCCUCGACACUCGUCAUGACGAACCUGGAGGCCGAGCUGACCAGAAUCCGCGCCUCGCGAAGCAAGGGACUGUUGGACUCUGGAGUUGGAACCGAUGACAUUGGCUCUGAGGAGCAUGAUUCCUGGUUGGGCGAGUACGGUUCUUCCAAGUUCACCUUUAGCCAGCUCCAGGAGUUUGACAUUGAUGUCGAAGUCCUCCCCGGCAAUGUCUCUGGCGAUGGCCCUGGCGCCGACAAGUGGUGGUGGUGGAUCGCCCAACGGGUGUAA